AAACGUAAACAACAACGUUGUAUCAGAACCAUGACUGAUCUGCAACACCAAUUUGACGAACUUGAACUUUUAUUUAACCAGAAUGAAUUAGCUAUUGAUACGCAUAUUCAAAAUUUGAAUCGAAUAAGUAGAGAUAUCUCUCAAUUGGAUGUAAAAUCUGAUUUCGAUGGUAUUCAUAAUGCAUUAAAUCUGUUGCUACAUACAUUUAUAGACAAAUCUGAUCCCAAACAAGAUGCAAUAACUGAAUUGAGGAAUUCAGUAGGUGAUGGGCCUAGAGCAUAUAACUUCAAUCAAAUAAUAGAUGCUAUUGAAGAGUUGGAUGUAUCUGAAGAGUACAUGUUACAAUUGAAUAGAACAAUUCAAGUGUUACGAGAUAGUUAACUCUAUUGCUAUAUACAUGAAACAUAAUACUUAAAAGGUCUUUGGAGCUAAUGAAACGAUCUUGUUAUAUUGCAAGUCUCUUAAUUCCUUGGCGACAACGGAUGAGAUUCUUGUUCCUAAUGGUUCACCAUUCUUAUUUAUUAAUACACAAGCAUUAUCGUCAAACUUAACCAUGGAUCCAUCAGGACGUCUGAAUGGAGAUCUUGUUCUCACAACAACAGCACGACAGAUAUCUUUUCUUUUGACUUUGUUGGUGGAUGUGGUACCAUCAGCUAUUGGUUUGGCUUCUUUUACAACAACGGUGAUUUGGUCACCUAUUUGAGCACAUGAUUUAGGUUUAUGACGUAAGACUUUGAUACAUUCAACAACUAAUGCACCAGAGUUAUCAAUAACAUUAAGUAAGGACUUUAAGUAGAUCAUAGUGGUUGUAUAUACAAAGGU